UAUCAUUACAAAGUACGUCAUAUCCUACACGCCUGAGACAGACACGGGCGAAAAGGAAGUACCUGCAUCCGUUCUGAAAGCGGUCGUAAAUGGACUCAGUCAGUCUACAACAUAUUCAUUUCGAGUUAGGGCUGAAACUGUGAAAGGUGCAGGUCCAAAAAGCGAUCCUAAAAAUGAGACAACUGAAGAUCCGCCGGAACCUCCCACGCCUUCAGAUGGCAGCAUCGGAACAACAGAAGUCUCUGUUGCCUUUAACACUAAGCAAGAGUUGAGUAACGGUGAUCCUGUCAGUUAUUAUCGAAUGAUUGUCGUACCUUUAACGGAAGGACAAGAUCCAGGCAAAUCAUCAGACAAGAAAUAUGUCACAGUCACUCGAACUUACGACAACCAAGAGGACGGAGAACCUUAUAUCACAGCUGAGUUUGCCAAUGAUAAGCAAAGGACAGAGUUUCCUGUUGGGGAUGGGAAGUACUACUCAAGAGAUGGUGUAACUGAAGCCAGAAGAAAGCGCAGAGCCACAACUCCCACCAAGUUUCUUAAUGGAAAGCUUAAGGAUGCCACAAAGUACGCUGUCUUUCAGCGGUCUUUUUCGGCGGAUGGUGAUUAUGAAAACGAGGGAUUUGUUGAAUUCAAGACCGCUACAGACAACACGGGUUUAAUCGUGGGAAUAGUUGUAUCGCUCGUUGUUGUAGUUGCGGUAAUUGCAGUUGGCAUUUUCAUCUAUCGUCGACGACAAAAUAGUGCUCGAGACGAAGAAGAUGGAGAAAUGCCUCUGAAGCCUCGUAAAAGGACUCUGACAAACAGAAUUCGAGGACGAGGUUCAGGCGCUUUCGACAACCCCAACCACAACCCUGGAGAGCCGAUACCUGUGGAGGAAUUUGAGGAACACGUGCGACGCCUACACGCCAACGGCGAUCUUUUGUUCUCUCAAGAGUACAGCGCCCUCCGUCCUUCAGCAGAAUUCACUUGGAAUGCUACCCUCGCUCAGGAGAACAGAUACAAGAACCGCUACAAUAACAUCGUUGCGUAUGACCACAGCCGUGUGUAUCUCACACCGGUAACAGGUGUGCCAGGCUCCGAUUAUAUCAACGCCAACUAUCUUGAUGGUUAUCAGAAAAAGAAGGCGUACAUCGCUACUCAGGGACCCCUCCCUGAGACCACAGAUGACUUCUGGAGAAUGGUCUGGGAACAAGGGACUAAGACUAUUGUCAUGGUAACAAACUUGGAAGAGCGAGGUCGUGUUAAGUGCUAUCAGUACUGGCCGUCUGAAGGCGGAGAGGCUUAUGGUGACAUUCAAGUAUCGCUAAUGCAGACUGUUGAGCUCAGUGAUUUUACUAUCCGCACACUGUGUUUGAAGAAAUCCAAUAGCAGAACUGAGCGGACGGUGAAUCAGUAUCAUUACACGAUAUGGCCUGACCACGGUGUUCCUACUUGCGCUACUUCAGUGCUUACGUUUGUUAGGAAAGCUUCUGGUGCUAAUCCACCUGAUGCGGGUCCUAUGGUUGUUCACUGCAGUGCCGGUGUAGGGAGGACUGGUACGUUCAUCGUGGUAGAUUCCAUGCUGCAGCGCAUAGCUGCUGAGAAAACAGUGGACGUGUUUGGAUUUGUUAUGUCGUUACGACGUGACAGAAACAUCAUGGUCCAAGUAGAAGAACAGUACAUUUUUAUUCAUGACGUUGUGCUGGAGGCCAUCCAUGCCGGAUACACUGAGAUACGAGCAAAUGAUCUUAGAGCCCACAUUAAAGACCUCAUGCAAGUCAAUCCAGCUAGCGGUCAGACAGAAAUGGAUGAGGAGUUUGUCCGUUUAGGACGCGGCGGUAAUGCUACUCAAGUCAAGUCCCAGAGUGCCAACAUGGUCUACAACAAGACAAAGAAUCGCUAUGCAAACGUUUUGCCGUAUGAUGACUCGCGUGUCAAACUGAGCGUAAUCACUGGUAUUGAAGGCUCGGACUACAUCAACGCUAGCUUUAUCGACGGCUACAUGAUGAGGGGGGCCUUUGUUGCAACCCAGGCUCCCAUACCAGACACCAUUCCCGACUUUUGGCGUAUGAUCUGGGAACAAGAGUCUUCCACCAUAGUUAUGCUCUCCAAAGAGACCGAAAGUGGCAAGGUCAAGGUGCACCGUUACUGGCCCGCAAAACAACCCGCCAGCAUUGGAACUUUGGUGGUGGAAAUGACCAACGAAAUGGUUUAUGACGACUAUACUAUGAGGGAAAUAAAACUCACCAAUACCAAGGAGAGUGCAUCUCGAGUGGUUCGUCAGUACCAAUACACUGGAUGGCCUGAUGUUGGCUCUCCAGACUCGGGUACAGGAUUGAUCGAUAUUAUUGGCCAAGUACAACGGUGGCAGCAGCAGUCAGGCAAUACUACGAUCACUGUACACUGCAGUGCUGGGGUCGGUCGAACAGGAGUAUUCUGUGCCCUCAGUAUUUUGAUAGAGCGAUUGAAGAGUGAGGGUGUGGUGGAUGUCUUCCAGACUGUCAAGCAGCUGAGAGCUCAGAGACCCGCCAUGGUGCAGACCAAGGAGCAGUACGAGUUUGUAUACUCUGCCCUCAGUGAGUAUCUGGACUCUUUUGAUGCAUACAGUAAUUUCGAAUAACUGCACUGAAUUAAGAGGUGGAUCAGUUUGUUACUCCUUUGAAGAACGUCAGUUUUUUUCCUCUCCAAUAAUUCAAUUAACUAAAAACAUCACUUCGAGCAAGUGACAGUUUUGGAAACGUAAUGCUUUGCACAUAUCACAGUAAAAAAAAAGGUAGUACAAUGAAUUUUCAAUCAUUAUGUUAUCAAAUAUAUCCGCUACCGAUUUUAAAAUUCUUAAAUGCGAUAGGAAUCGGACGUUGUCGCCUCCUACAUGCGAUGAAGAUUUGACUGUUUUCACUUCAUAAAUCUACUUCAUAAUUAUCAGUUAUGUAGAAAGUAAUCGUCAUAGCAGUUACGCGUUGUAUUGUAAAAAAAUAAGUAGAUACUUUUUUAAUAUCAAAAUAAUCCAGCAACUUUUGCAAAUUUUCGCAUAUUAGUGAUAAUUGUGCAAUUUCAAAGAAGUAUUUAAUAGGAUGAAUACACAACGGCUUUUUUCAGAGGAACGGAAUUGAUUAUCACUGCAUUCUGAUACACCACAUAUUUGUCCAACAAUAAUAUUUCAAGCGUAAACGCUUUGCGUGUAGAUAGCGUUGUUGAUAUAAUCAAUUUGUGGACUUAAUUCAGAAUUUUGAUAUUUUUGUCUUCUCAUUUAAACUAGAAAGGAAGACACUUUUCCAUGGAAUUGUAGUUUUUGUAUAGAUCACUUUCCACCUCAAACUCGAGAGCGGAAAUAUAAUAAGUUAAUGAGUUGUUUUUGUUAAUCAAUAUAAACACGUGAUCUCUGAAGUUCAAAACCUAAACCCUUGGCUGCCGUCAAUCUUAAUUACAGUUUCGACCCUAAAGCCCACGCAUUUUCGGUUAGUAGCUACCAAUCGCUCGAGCUUUGGACAAGAUUUAAACGAGAACCAGAAAAUCCUGGUUUCGGUUUAAUUGUGCUCAUAAUUUGAGUUCAAUUGUGGUUUCUAAAUAUUCGUAGAGGUAGUAACCGCUGUGACUAUUUCGCCCAGAGGUCUCGAUUCUAACCAAAAAGAUCGCGGUCUCUGAGAACGCAAUUGUUGCAAUCAAGACGACAACAGACUAAAAACAGAAACAAACAAAAUGGAUCGAAAUCUAACCACAGACGUGACUUUUUGGACCCGUUGAAGUAAACCUCUGUUUCCUGAGAGGUCUGCUAAGGUGAUUAAAGGCAGCGAAGCACGAAGCCGUUGAUUAAGCAGAGUUCGCGUGUCAUUGAAAGGCACAGUAAUGUGCUCUAUACUAUUGAUAAUACCGUAGCUAUUUUUUACCCCUAGGCGAAAUAUUUUAUAUUUUUGUAAUCGGCAUAAGCAAGUAUAAAUAAAAUAGUAAAGCAAUUCGGCAAUGUCGUUUUGUACCAUGCUAUGUUAAAAAGGUAAGCGAAAAAUAUUAUAGUGAGGUAGAACCGGCAGGGCCGUGAUUUUUCAGUCUGCCCAAUUAUAAAUGUUAUCAAUUGAAUAAGAGUUAUCUUUCUUUGUAAAAUUUUUAUUGUAUUAUUACUGAUAAAAUAAAAUAAAAAAGUGGUGAAGGCUUUGUAAAA